GGUUCGGCUCCUCUCUCUCUCUAAAAUUUAUCACUUUAAAACCUCUCUCCCCCUCUCUGUCAUUGAGUUUCUUUUCUCCUUUUUUACCCAAACCCUAAUUUCUGCAAUCACUGAAACCCUAAAUUACAUUUCAGCGUUUUCUGCCUAAAUCCGCCAUUAAAGCUCCAUCAAAAGCUUCAGAGAUCGGGAAAAGAACCCCUAGCUUUCCAUUUUUCAGAGCCCUUGUUUUCUAGGUCAGCCAUCGCUGGUCGAGCUAGGGUUUGGAGAGAUCGAGGGUCAAUCCUCCUUAUAUCUGGUUCGGAAACUGCGAUUUUCUAGCGGGAGAAAGCGGAACCCCCAAAAAAAUAAGACCCCCACUUGUCACAUAGCACCAACCAGAUGGCCCGGGGCCCCACCCUCCGCCAUGCCUCAGUCGCCACCGAUCGGCUCCAAAAAAUCGCCGUCGAGGGAUCCUCAUCGCCCCAAAAGAUCACCACCACCACUGAUGAUCCGAUGUCGACCCAAAAACUCGCCACUGAGGAAUUGAGGGGGGGCGGCAGCAGCUUCGACUGUAACAUAUGCCUCGACUUCGCCCAGGACCCGGUCGUGACCCUGUGCGGCCACCUCUUUUGCUGGCCCUGCAUCUACAAAUGGCUCGAGCUACACUCUAAUUCUCAAGAUUGCCCCGUCUGUAAAUCCGCUCUAUCCCAGUCAAAUCUGAUACCCCUUUACGGAAGGGGCAAAACUGACAUUUCGCACUCGAGGAAGCAGCUUGGGUCCAUACCCGAGAGGCCUGUCGGCCCGAGGCCUGGACCUGCAGAGCCAGACCAUUCACUGCUGGAUCUGAGGUUGAGGCAUGAUCAUUAUGGGUCGGGCACGGCAUUGAGAGUGGGACCCGACUACUAUGGCUCGGGCCCGAGGGUGGGGCCAGGUUACUAUGGGAUGGGCACCGCCCCACGUGUCAUGUACCCAAUGGUGGAAUCACUGGCCGGAAUCGUGAUGGGGGCCCUGCCAUGGGUGGUGGGGCCGACUGGGGACGUUGAUGGUUUGUAUUGGUUUGGGAGCGAGGGGGAAGAGGAGAGAGAAAGGGAGGUUGGAUAUGAGAGGUCUCUCUCUAGGAUCUUGACCUUCCUCUUUUGCUUUGCCUUGCUUUGCUUAAUCUUCUUUUGAUCGAUGCCUCGUUCUCUCUUUAUCUCCUCUCCUCUCCUUUCUUUAUGUCUUCUGUCUCUUUCAAAUCGGCACUCUCUCUCUCUCUCUCUCUCUCUAGAUCUUGAUCUUGUUCUUAUGACGCCUCCACCCCUCUUUCUCUGUCUUCCCAAUUUUCUUCUCUCUCAAAUUAGGAAGGGAUACAUGAAGCAUACUGUACAGGCAAGAGCAUAGUGAUUUGUAUGUAAAAAGUUAAAAAGCAAUUUGAUUUCGUUGUGGGAUGCCAAAGUGACAAAUCUUAGGAUUUGGAAUCUCUCUCUCUCUAGAAAUUUGUAAUCUCUCACCCACUAGAAAUUUGUCAUCUCUCUAGAAAUUUGUAAUAUCUCACUAGAAAAAUGUUCUCUCUCUCUAGAAAUUUGUAAUCUCUCUAUUUCACUUUCAUUUGGUCUGUCGACCUAAGUCGUAGUGGUUGUGGAACGUCUCUCUCUCUCAAAGAUGAUGCCUUGCAUGGUAUUGAGGGAAGGUUGCUUACGGUGUUGUACUAAGGUUUUUAGAACAUUAUAAAGGAAAAGACCUACUCGAGGGUAUUUUCUUAA